UCCUCUGCCUCCUCCUUCUCUACCUUGCGUCGUGCCGUGCCGGGCCGUGCUGCAGAUGGGGGUGGGAGGUUGUUCGGGGAUGGUGGGCCUGGGUAUUGUGUCGCUCGGCUCUUCUGCUCGGUAUCUUUGCUAGCUUCCUGUCACCUGCUCGCCUUCAACAUGGAUGGCUUACGAGGGGAUGGAAAAUAAACGCUAUCGUCGUGGCAGCUGCUUCUGUAGCAGACGUCCCCCUGAAGAAAGUGAGUAGCUAUGGCUGAACAAGACGUUUGUCCUCACCUGGACUCAAUAGGCGAGGUGACCAAGGAGGACCUCCUGCAGAAAUCUAAGGGAACUUGCCAGUCAUGUGGAGCCGGGGGCCCAAACCUGUGGGCCUGUCUGCAGAAUGACUGCCCAUAUGUUGGUUGUGGAGAAUCCUAUUCUGAUCACAGCACCCUGCAUGCACAGGCUAAGAAGCACAACUUGACGGUGAACCUGACAACGUUCAGGAUCUGGUGUUAUGUGUGUGAGCGAGAGGUGUUUCUGGAGUCCAGACCUGCCCUGGUGCCUGUACCUGCUGCACCACACCACUGUAAAGCCACAGAGCAGGAAGCAGCUCCUCAGCCAGUAGGUCACCCGCUAAAAGCAGUGCCAAUAGCUGUGGCAGAAGAGGAAGGUUCUGAAUCAGAGGAGGAUGAGCUCAAACCCAGAGGCUUGACAGGGAUGAAAAAUAUUGGAAACUCCUGCUACAUGAAUGCAGCUCUUCAAGCCCUGUCCAACUGUCCUCCUCUCACUCAGUUCUUCCUGGACUGCAGUGGACUGGUCCGGACUGAUAAGAAGCCCGCUCUGUGUAAAAGCUACCAGAAACUUAUUUCAGAACUCUGGCAUAAAAAACGGCCCAGCUAUGUCGUCCCUACCAGCCUGUCGCACGGCAUCAAACUAGUAAACCCCAUGUUUCGUGGUUACGCUCAGCAGGUAGGGGCAAGCAGCCAGCAGGACACUCAGGAGUUCCUGCGCUGUCUGAUGGACCAGUUACACGAGGAGCUGAAGGAGCCUCUGACAGAGUGCAACAUGAGUGGGGAGGGAAGCGACGGGGAGGAGAGAAGGGACGGAGAUCGCUCCCCGUCUGAGGAUGAAUUCCUGUCCUGCGACUCCGGCUCCAGCAGCGACCGGGGGGAGGGAGGAGGUGUGGGCGACGGGGAGCUGCUCAUGCAGGACGAGUGCGACGGGGUCAGAUCGCCUGCAGGGGGAAUAGUAGGUGUCACCACCGGGGCGGUGAUCUCGGAGAAGGAGAGGCUGAAGGAAAGGAGGGUGUCCGGCUCACCCCUCCGUGGAGGCUCACAGGAGAUGGAUGAGGAUGCAGAUGUGGACACGGCAGCCGAGGACGGGGUUCCUGAGAGGGGAGAGGAGGAGGAGUCAGCACCAACCCCAAACACUGAGACCCAAAGUCAAGAGAACAACCAGACCUCUAGUACAGGGCAAGGGCAGGUCCAGAGCAGCAACACCUCAGAACCAGACAAUGAAGCAUCGAUGGCCCAGCCCCAGUCCACUCCCUGCAGCCCUGUUCGAACGCUUCAGGAGCUGCAUCCCAAACUGUCCUCCAGUCCACCACGCUCCAGCCCCCUCCGCUCUGCAGGACCUGCAUAUUCCUUCAAAAAAGCUCAGCUGUUGCUCAGUGCCAGGAAGAAGAAGCAGUCUCACUAUCGUAGUGUGAUCUCUGACAUCUUCGACGGCUCCAUCCUCAGUCUGGUCCAGUGUUUAACGUGCGACAGGGUCUCUACUACAGUGGAAACCUUCCAAGACUUAUCCCUCCCUAUUCCCGGCAAAGAAGACUUGGCAAAGCUCCACUCCUCCAUCCAUCAGAACCUGCCAGUCAAGACCGGAGUGUGUCCCGACACUUACGGCUCGCAGGGCUGGAUCUCCUACAUCAUGGACUCCAUACGCCGGUUUGUAGUCUCUUGUAUCCCCAGUUGGUUUUGGGGGCCCAUGGUAACACUAGAGGACUGCCUCGCUGCCUUUUUUGCUGCAGAUGAACUCAAAGGGGACAACAUGUAUAGCUGUGAGAGAUGUAAAAAGUUGAGAAAUGGUGUCAAAUACUGCAAAGUGCUUAAACUUCCCGAGAUUCUGUGCAUUCACCUGAAACGCUUCCGGCACGAGGUCAUGUAUUCGUUCAAGAUAAGCAGCCAUGUGUCCUUCCCACUGGAGGGCCUCGACAUGCGACCUUUCCUGGCCAAAGAGAGUCCAUCUCAAGUCACCACUUAUGAUCUGCUGUCAGUCAUUUGCCACCAUGGCACGGCAGGAAGUGGACACUACAUUGCUUACUGUCAGAACGUCAUCAAUGGCCAGUGGUACGAGUUUGAUGACCAGUAUGUUACCGAAGUCCACGAGACGGUGGUGCAGAAUGCCGAGGCCUAUGUGCUGUUCUAUAGGAAAAGCAGCGAGGAGUCGGUGAGAGAGAGGCAGAAGGUGGUGGCUCUGGCUAAUAUGAAGGAGCCCAGCCUGCUGCAGUUCUACAUCUCCAGAGAAUGGCUGAACAAGUUCAACACCUUCGCCGAGCCAGGCCCCAUCAGCAACCACACAUUUCUUUGUCAGCAUGGAGGGAUCCCUCCUAAUAAAUACCACUAUAUAGAUGAUCUGGUUGUGAUUGUUCCCCAGAACGUGUGGGAGUACCUUUACAACAGUUUUGGAGGCGGCCCUGCAGUCAACCACCUGUAUAUGUGUGCCAUCUGCCAGGUGGAGAUCGAAGCUCUGGCUAAGCGUAGAAAAAUGGAAAUAGACACUUUCAUCAAGCUGAACAAAGAGUUUCAGGCUGAGGAGGCUCCUACAGUGAUCCUGUGUAUCAGCAUGCAGUGGUUCAGAGAGUGGGAGAGCUUUGUGAAGGGCAAAGACAAUGAGCCACCUGGUCCCAUAGACAACAGUAAAAUUGGUGUGAUGAAAGGAGGACACAUACAGCUCAAGCAAGGUGCAGACUACGGUCAGAUCUCAGAGGAGACAUGGCAGUACUUGUUGGGUAUUUAUGGUGGAGGCCCUGAGAUUGCAGUAAGGCAGACUGUGGCCCCGGCUGACCCCGACAGCCUUCACGGAGAGAGGAAGAUUGAGGCAGAGACAAGAGCACUUUGAGAUAAAGAGGAUCUUCUGACUCCCCUUUCCACUCCUGCCCUCACAGGAAGCUGAGGAAUUUGCACCUUGGUGAAGAAGCCCCAUUGUGAGCACUUUGUAAAUGUAGCAGCGUAUUAUUCCGAAGCCAUGUCGCAAGAGGAGAAAACGGUACCUAAACAUCACAUAGUUUAAUUUAUUGGAUAAAGCUGAUCCUCAGUGUUAAGGUGUAAAAAAAGAUAAGACGUCAUGUCAAAGUCUCUGGAGCUGUUUUUGGUAGCUAUGGUGUGUCAGUGGCCGCUGUAGUGACUAGGUGUCAUAUACUGCUAAACCGACUGUGGCAGGCAGACAGCUGCUCCAAGCAGAGCGCCGAGCAGAGCUACAGUUUGAUGUUUAGCUUGAGGACUUUUCUUCUUCACUGGAAGCAAAAACCAAGAGACAUUACCAAGCUUCCUGUUGUAUGCCUGUUUACUAGUUACAUAGCAACAAGUUCAGAUAUGAAGUGAGAGAUCUCAAACACAUCAAACUUCUUGCACCUUCAACCUUAAAUACACAGAGCACUGAGCCCUCAGGAAUGGAAGUCUUUUUCUUUGCUUUAACAGUGAAAUGUUAGGAUUAAUGACCUGUAAAAACAAUUGUAGGUUCAUGUGAAACUACAGAACAUGCAUGCGUGGGUUGUAAAAGACUAUUUUUCAGGUUUAAAAUGCAUGCAGCUAUUGUUUUGGAUGAGUUAGUACAUUUCACUGACAAGAUGGGAUGCUGAGGUUUUUUCUUUUCUUCCAAACACACAAUUUAUCUGUUUAUGUGCUCAACUAUUUAAAUAUUGACUCUCCUGUUUAGUUUAUUCAAGCACUAUCAACUAGGCAUAAGGGCAUAUAUAGGUAUAAAUAUUAGCAAAACAGAGAAAUGGACAUUUUCAUAAGUCAAAGGAUUGCAUAUCUGAGGGGUCAUAAGAGAAUUUUGUUCAACAUAUUAUCAUAACUGGCUUUUCUGACAAGAGCUUACACCGAAGGUUUGUAAAUCUCACCGACAUCAGUGUAAAUGACCUGACAUCAGUUUUUAGUAGUGAUACCUGUAUUUCCACAUAGACUAGUGAUGCAGUUUUUGUUAAACCUAGAGAUGGCAGUAUUAAAUAGAAAGCUAUUCCACACCAUGUACCAAUUAAGCAUUGAAAAAAUAAUUGUAACAAAUAUUUAGCACAUCAUGCAAAAAAAAAAAAUCAAAUCUGUUCCAGAAAGAGGUUAUUUCUGAUAGUACAUGAGUGAAAUUUAUUUUUUUGUUUCUGCAUAAUUUCAUAAUUGUGCAUGUUUCAUUUUCAGGUCACCCAAAAAUCCAAAUAUUACAGUUUGAGGUAUUUGCUUGUAAAAAUACGUGUUCGUCUGUACAUUGCAUUAUUGUUGAUGAUGCAAUUCAAAAGUUUAUGUACAAUUCAGCCUCUUUGCCCCAAUAAUACACCACAGCUUGUUUACAGAAAUUAUAGUCUGGUGUAAAGUUUGGAAUCCUCCACCCACAAAGCAAGCAAUGAAUCAAAACAGUCAAGAGAAAACUAAUUUCAGAUUGUGUGUAAAUCAUCUUUCAAUCCCAAUCAGAGCAGAGCACCAAGGUGCAAGUGUGUGAGACAGUUCAUACUGCUCCCAGUAUUGACUCCUGUCUAGAUUUCUCAGAGAAUAUUUAUUUUAAAAAUGUCUGCUGAACCUAUGUUGAUUAAACGAAACCUUACACGUCUUUUUUUUAAUUGUGCAGCUCAUCUUAUAGCAUCAUCAAUGCAAGAUUUAUGAUCCAGAUUAAAAGCUGGGAGAAAUGAGUUGGUUUAAGCUCACCUAAACAAACCAAGUCCUCCUCCAACUAAAUGAACAUUAGUCACAUUCUCACCUGAAUACAUAAAUUAAAAAAAAAUACAUUUGUGGCAGAACGUUUUUGUGUUUAGUAUCAACUUUGAAAGCCAAAACUCAGAAAAAAUGUUUAAUAAUUAAUGGUAAUAUUAAAUGAAAAAAGUCAAUUGCAAUUGUUAAAUCAUCUGAGCCAUGUUACAUAGUACUAAUGCACUGUUACUAAAUUGUCUUUAUUUUUUUACUUUACUAGUAACCAUCAAGGGAACAACUGUAUAUAUAAGACUCCUACAGCGAUAGAAAAGCUUAAUUAGAAGGUAAAUAGUGCUACUCCACUACUACCAGUGUAAAAUAAAGAAUAACUAUCUUUAAAAAAAAAAAAAAAGCCAAAUGAUUUCACAUAUAUAUAUAUAUAUGUGAACACUAAUUUUAAUCUUUAGAUGUCAUGUAGUACGGAGUUUCCAAGUGGCAAGACUUACUGGUUCCAGAAGUUUUUUCCACGUUUUAAUUUCCUUUUUUCUCUUUAAACACUAAAUUUAAUCCUCCCAGUAAUGUAAUAACCUACAGGUUUAUGCUAUGGCCACCAGUUUUUAUUACUUUGUUCUGAGAAGUCAUGUCUGGUCCAUCAUGGCAUGGCAAUUGGUUUGGAUACUACAAAAUCCAUGAGCCCUAGGUAGUCUGACCCUGGAGCAGAGGUCAGUCAGAAACACAAGCGAAUCGGCAGCAAAUUCUAAACAACAUGAUGGGAUAAUUCUUGCAAAAAUGCACCUUGGGAGUCAUAGUUAACAUCUCGCCUCAAAAUUUUAUGUACACCCUUGUACACAGAUGUAUUUGGACGCAGUUAAUCAUUUAUGCUGAUGAUUCAGCUUGUGAGGUGUUAUGAGUCAAGUAACAUUUUCAUAGGAAAAUCAAUGGGACUUUAAAAUAAAUUUAUGGGCCCUCUGUAACUACAAAUGCUCAAAAUAGCUCUUCCUAUUUCGCCACUCUCUUGACCAGAAUACACAGUAAUUCUUACUUCUGCUUUUUACCCUGUUUUGUAGCAGCCUUAGAACUAUGAGGUCUGAAACCUAGACAAGCAAAGUGUAAGCUGAAAUGGAAAAAAUAUGAUAAUAUUGCACAUUGUACAUUGGAACACAGUGCCUUCAAGCACCUACACACCUAUUUCUUUUGUUUUGGUGGCAAAAUUUACAGUGCAGUGUUUGGAGAACUCAGUAUAUAUCUACCACAACUCAAGACAUUUAGCCGUGUACCAACCAACAAACCUCCCAGCUGUAUUUCAUCAUAAGUUCAAUCAGAAAGAGCGGCACAAAAAUUCAAUUAGAAUACAUGGUUUGAGUUCGUUGGGCUAUAAAUGGACAUGAACUCAGAAGGGUAUACAUGCAUAUUCAUAAACAGAUGUGAAAAAAAACUGAAAACUUUCUUUUAGAGUUAACUGUCAUCAAUAAAUAUGAAGGUACAGCUCGCAGCUAGUUAGCUUUUAGUUUAUAGACUGCAAGCAUCAUUAGCCUUUUACCGUCCAGACUUCACAUAAUCCCCCUAACAGCACUGCUAAAGCUCACAAGUAGAAUGUUUUGUCUUGUUUGUUUAUCUCAGAAAAUCGAAUUGCAAGUUGCUCUUUCCGCCUUCUUUCAGUCUGUCUGCUAAUACAAGCUAACUGCUGGCUAGCUGUAGCUUUAAAGGUAGCUUAUUCUGCAAGCUAAAAUGAGAAAUCCACAUCUUGAAGCCUUUUAUUCAAGCAAGACUUUUCUGUGAAACGCCUGUCUGUACAUUUAGCUAUGCACUGAAAAUCCAAGCAUUGUCAAUGUACAGUUUUCAAAAAGCACAACAGAUAUUCAGAUAUUUAUAAGAGGAGUGAUGGACAAAAUAAUUUACUGACAGUAUAUCUGACAGGGCAAAGAGAGUGACACAGAAUAUCCAGCAUGAACACCUUUUUUUUUUACCACAGAUAUUUUGACUUGUCUGUGUAAGAAAAGUGCAGGUGUAACUGAUAUUAGUGAUUAUUCUGUUCAUUUUGAGUAUGACAAUAAACCACACUAGAGGAACACAUAAGGUCUUAAAUUGGGAUUGAAAGUUGACAGUCGACAGGUUGGCAGCGUUACUCCCUUUAAAUCUUCUGUAAAUCUUCUUUAUGAGGGAAAGCCAGAAACAACUGCUGGUCUCUUACUGUUAAAAGAGAGGUGUUUUAGUUAGAUUAAUUUGUUUUCUCUCUAUAAUAGCUAUAGGACUGCAAAUAACGCCUUGUUCUUCAGUGUAACUUUUGGAGAGGGGUAAAGAAACCAGAAAAUAUUCAUAUUUAAGAGUCUGGAAUCAGAGAGCUUUGCCUUUUUUCUCUUAAAAAUAGUUGUCAAUUAAUUCAGUUAAUCAAUUAAUUGCAGCUCUACCCUUCUAUGUGCCAUGCCCUAAAAUGACCUGGGCUGUGAAUUAGCUCAACUGAAUAACUAAAACUGAAUUGAAAUUAGGUUAAAUUCCCCUGCAUGGGACUAAGAUGAUUAAAAACGUAAUGAGUUUUGAUUGAUCUUCUAAUUUCACCUGGAACAUUCCUGUUACGACAUGUCAAAAUAUCUGCGGUGCCUGAUGACUGCAUUUUGGACCAGAGCUGAUAAUAAUUCAUGCCUCCCUGUUUUAGAUUUGCUUUUUUAUUCUUUUGUUUUUUUUUUUUUUAAAAAUCUAUUCAUUUGUUUUAACAACAAAGGCCACUGAUUUGUCCAUUCUGUCUUGCGUGAUGUUUCUUGUUUUCACACAUUUCUAGACUAUAUCUACAAGAGAUAGUAUUAAUACUAUAGUGACGUGUGCUAUUUUUGGAUACUUUUUUGGGGGAUUAAGUGCAAUGAAAUAAAAGACAAAUCUUUGUGCAGUCUUAUCAUCAAAGGGGCAGUUUGGAAAACUGACAGUAAACUGGGGCUGUGCAGUUCAUUACAGUGCAGUGUUAAGAAGUCUUGAGUGGCAGUUGCAUAAUUACCCUCACCUGUGACUUUGUUUGCUUGUGUUACAGCACGUAGCUAUGCGUGUGAGAUUUCUAUUUCACUGCGUUGCUGUGGUUGGACAGUUAAUCAGAAAUAUCAUGGCAAGCAACGGGAUUUCAUUGACUCAUGUUUUCCUCGUAUUUUACAGUGUGUGGCUCUUGUGGUCAUGACAGUGGUGAUGCUUUGAUAACAUGAGAGUUAAAUGGGGUGUCUUAAUGUCUGUAUAAUUGAUGUAAUUAGUCAUGACUGGUUUAAUGAUUAAAAUUGCCUGGUCUUGA